GGUCAUAGAAAAAUACGGUAGCUUGUAAUUGUUACUGCACUGUACUGUACAGAACUAGUACUGAGCUUGAAUCAAGAAUCAAGGAAUACAGGUCAAGCAAGGAUAGGACAGGUCAUGAAGUUGAGUGAUGUCCUGCACGACUGGAGGACACACCUUCUCCUGGGACUCUUAUCCACAACCGUCAUAUAUUUUGUAUUCCCUCUUCUACUCUACAUUUUCUUCCUCCUAUUGACGAUCCUCCUCUCCGUAGCUCUGGCAUUAUUUCAUCACCCAGGACCGUACGAGAGACGAUGCAAAUCCACAGUCCCCCACCCCCCUACACCAGCACCUCAAGUCCCCCUGUCGAAGAUCAAACCAUACCCCCCUCAAGGGGUCAAGCCGACCCUGAUAUCCAUUAACGUGGACGCGUACCUACAGCAAGUUAUAGACCUAACGCUACAACAUCAUGUGAUACCAACUUACAAAACCGUUGGACUCGAUCAGAAGGCUUUCUUUCUCAGCGUGAUGCCGGAGAUAUGGAAGACCCUGGGGGCGUUACUGAAGAGGGUGGGGCAAAUGGACACGAUGAAGUUGGUCACCCACGAUGUUGCACAGACACUGUGCUCUCACUUCGAACAGUUUAGAGGGAUCCAUUACCAGGACACUCAGGACUCCACCAAGUUCCCCAACCUCUCUCUAUUCCCAUACCUCGAUUCACCCGAACACGAACUGAACUAUCUUCGUCAAGUAUCGGAGGUCCUACUCUGCACAUGCUUGUCACGUGACCUCCUUGAAUGCACCCUCGUACGUGUACUCAUCCGUGAAUACCUGGCCUGUCAAAUUCUGUUACCAACCAUUGAAAUGCUCUGCGAUCCCGACUACAUUAAUCAGAAGUUGUUAGCUGAUCUAGUGAAAAAAGAAGAAGCUACUAAAUCUGCUCGCAAGAGACCCGCAUACGCUGAUUUCGAGGACUUUAUGAAGCAUGUCUCAAAAAGCGAGGAUGUAAACGAACUGCAACAAAUUCGCGAGUCAAUUAUUACCGAUAUCAUUCAAGCUAAGGCCGUCCACAAGAUGAUGUCAUCACGACUGACUGGACUACACGGACGACAAUUUCCGAUUCCAAUUCCAGCGGAUAAAGUGAAAUCACUCAUGGAACGAGACCUGGACGUGUACCUGAACCAACUGAGCACUGCUAAAGGACUCUCUGAAAGACAACUGAGAAAACUGGGCGUGGAGGACUACACUGCCGCUGUUACCACGGAUAUGUUUCCAGAGGAUUUGUCGGCAGGACCACUCGGUAUACCGUUUGAGACGAUUAUGAAGAACGAGGUAGCACGAAUGUAUCUGUUUCAGUUCAUGGAAAUUUGUGGUUUUGGAAGUCUCCUGACGUUCUGGGUAUCGGUCGGCGAACUAUCCACAGUGCCCUCAAGUUUAUUACGCAAGAGCUUGACAUCUUUGUACAAUGAGCAUCUCUCGCCAAGCUCCUUCGGUAGCGUCCAUCUUGAAGUCAGCGUGUUGAGCUCCAUCAAAGACACACUCGACAACGACAGCCAGGCUUGCUUGAAAAUUCUCAACAAAGUACGAUCGGAUAUCUACGAGGAAAUCUACGAGUUGUUCUACCAAAACUUCAUCUAUAGCUGCCAGUACAAGGAGCUAAUGCAACAGCCGAGUGGCGAUGGACUAUUCCCCUCAGUAGCUGGAUUUGCCGAGGCCUCUUUGAACGAAAUGGCCGAUGACAGUCAGCACAAACAGAAAUUGUACUCACUCAAAUACAUGCUGGAGAAGAAAGACAAUGAGUUGUCUCUAAUGCCGGAGGUUCGAUCCAGUCGUUCCCUCACUCAACGAAAGAAAGCCCUUCAAAAAGAUCGUUCUCAACUUUCAGAGGAGAUAAAGAAAUUGGAGCACUACAUAGACCACACGGAGGAAUGGUUUGGUACGAUUGGACAAUGGAGUAUCCAAGUGCAUUCCGUUGACGUAUCCAAGGCCGAUAAAUACGAUCAAGAUCCGCUGUUUGUGAUGGUUAUUCAUCGCCCUGAGUUGGCACGUAAGAACAAAGCUCGCUCCAUCUCCACAAGCAGUCUCUCCUCCCUAGAGGAGUCCAGUCUCACACCUCACCUAUCCCUUACAAAGACAAAAGAUGGUGUGGCUAGUAUGGUCGAUUCAGAAGAAGGUGCCGGGACGGCCUCGGAGAUAUCUGAGAGUAGCGACGGAGCACAGGCCGGCUGGGUGAUCGGUCGACGUUUGUCAGAAUUCGAGGAGCUCCACGAGAAAGUAUCCCAAGUCUGCCCGAAUUUGAAGUUCCCCCCACUCCCGAAGAGGUUGUUUCCGUUUAUUCGCGUCGAUGCACAGUCUAGUUACUGGACCAAGUACUGUCAGGCUCUGCAAGGCUACCUCAAUAUGGUCAUGCAGGAUGAUCGACUUCAAGAGAGCGAAGAGGUGUUUAUUUUUCUCAGUCCCGUCUCUGACAAUCUCAGAAAAUCGAGUAUGAUUCGUCGCGAGAAACGUUCCCUUGCCAACCGUUUAUCGUCCUUCCCAGUACCAUCGUUUCCAGGCAAUAAAGAGCAAGAAGAAGACCCUAUCACAGAGCAAAUGUUCAUUGUAGUGAGUGAAGUGUUUGAACUGGACCAAUGGAGUCGCGUCCUUCGCAAGCAGCUAGUGGAACUGGUACAGCUGACAUAUGGCAAAAGCAUCGAUCGACAGCUGCAAGAGUUUAUGAGUUGGGUGGUUUCUGAGUCCAUGCUUGUGUACUAUCUGGAGGUGUUCAGGGACUCCAUGUGGCCAGAGGGGAAACCCGGUCCCCCCUCCCCUACCAGAUCUGAUUCUGAUAAGGCAUAUACGAGAGACGAAGCCAAGAAACGAUUUCUAAAAAGCUCUCCACAAGCUUUGCAGACAAUUUUGGGACAAAGAAACUGCCAGAUUGGAUUUGGGAAGAUUUUCGAGUCAUUACAAGAUCCCCGUGGUAACAAACAGUUGUUCUAUUCUAUGCUGGAGAUAUUUAUGUAUGCUCUUAUACCUGAACUUCAGACUGUUGAGAUAGAUGAGAAUGGACCAGAUUGGAAGUCCUAAUGUAUUCCCUAUUGUAAACUAUUUAGAAUAGCGAGCUUUUAACUGUGUACAUCGGUUUGUUGUUGUUAAAUUGUUGUUCCAUAUGCAAGAUUGUUUACACUAUCUAUAGUAAUCACAA